GCGUGUUAUGGUGCAGCAGCGUAAACAAAAUAUUCAUCUUGUUAAAAGUGUAAUAAUAAUAAAUAAGUUUUGUUUGUAAACAGAAUAAAACCAGUAUUUCACCUGCAAAAUAUUCUUGCGUGGACAGUUUGCAUAUACUUAAAAGCAAAUAUCUACAAUAGUGUGUAUACUGACAACAACAUAACCUAGAAAUGGCAUCUAUCGAGGAACGCUUACAAAUCAAACGAGAACCCCUCGAUAAAUGGUCGAUUCGCGAACAGUUAUGUUUGGCCGUUGCCAGAAAUAGCGAUCAAAAUCUGACAUCAGUAAGUAGGGCUUUGAAACCUUUUGGUGAACCAAAUCGACCUCCGGAUUGGUUUCACCAAAAAAACUGUGCUGCUCAGUAUGGGGCUUUGUUGGCUAAUGUGGAAACACCAAAAAGGAAAAAAAGAACGUCGGGAGGUGAAGUAACUAUUGAAACACCCGCAGAAGCUAUUCUUCGUAAGUUACUAAAUGAGAGGAAAGCUGAACUGAAAAGAUUACUUGCUGAAGAAAAAGCUGAAUAUCACAAAUUACAGCGAGAUAAAGCAUUGUUGCAAUCAGGUUGUAAUGUCACUGAGGAACAAUUGGAUAUUUGGUGUAAGGAAAUUGAUGAAGAGGAACAGAAAAAAGAGCAAGAAGCAAUUGCUCAUGAACAGUGGUUACGAGAGAGGGAGUUACGUAAACAGGAAAUCGAGAGGGCGUGGAGGCCUGUGAAACCAACACAUCCACCAAUAAUUACAGGUCAGAAGCGCAAAAAUUCUGAAACGAUAGAUGGUGCUGCUGAGAAUGAAAACUUGGAGGAGCCAAAAGUUACACCAGUGCAAGAACCAGCAAAGCCAGCUUUGUCUCCUCUCUUAACUAGUUUGUUAAAAUCACCAUCACAAGUACCAAAUGUAACAACAUCAUCAAUAUUGCACUCAGCUAUUACAAAUCAACGUCCAACUAGCACAAACACAAAUACCAGCCCUAUGAUUGCCAGUUUACUCAAUUCAUCAACUGGAGUUACUACUGUGUCUCCCGGUUUACAACAACUAGUUAGUUCAGCAAUUGGACAAGAACCGACAGUGGAAGAAAUUGAAACUUCACAGCAGAACAUUCCAACAAAUGACAUUUUGGAUGACGCUAAUUUACAAAUUUUAAAAAUCGAUGAUUUAGCUAGUAGUAUUUUAAUUCAAAAUGGUCCCUUACCAGAAAUGAAAAAUGAUGUAGAUGUUAUUAUAUCCGAUCUAAUUGAGAAUGCUCAUGAUAUAGUAGCUGAUCCAGAGCAGCACUUACAGUUAGAUGGAAAUGGUGAUAUAAAUUUAAACUUGGAAUUAGAGGAUUUUGAAGAAAAUGAGACUGAUAUCAAAGAAGAACCAAAAGAAUCUGAAAAGCAGCCAGAAAAACCAGCACCGACGGUUGAUCCAUUUGAAUUUCAAGAAGAACCAGAGGUGUUUGAACGAACAAAACCCCCUUGUUCAAACAAGUCAAUAGAAGGGUGUAAAUCAACGUCAAAUCAAUUUAAUGACGAUCCAGCACAGGCUUUAGAAGAAAUCGACGCUAAUGACAGUAAAAUUCUAGUUUCAUCAAAAUUUUCCGCCAAUGAACUGGAACUUGGGCGAAAAGAAGAGCCGGUUGAUGAUCCAACCAAAAAAGAAAAAAAUCCAAUACCUGGAUCUGUUGAAAUUGUAGAAGUUGUUGUCAUGGAAGAAGAAGAUCUUGACAAGGAGUUAAAUAAAUCACAAAUUGAAGAUAUAGUUCACUCUGUGAAAGUUGAAACUCAAGCAGAAGUAGAACAGGUCAAAGAAGAGAUUGAAACUAAAGAAGAAACAGAAUCUAAGGUUUUUGAAGACCUCCCAAAAUCACCAGAAAAAGUAAAAGAAAUUUUACCUGAGGAAAUAGAUAAGAAAGAACCUGAAACCAUGUUAGAUGUCCCCACAUCUUCUGAAACAAAUACUAUUGCUACAGAAUUUAAUGAAGAAUUAUAUGAUGACAUCAAUAUGGAAGUUAAAGUUGAUAAAAGUGGUAAAGCAAAACGCGAUUACUCUAGAACAAAGAAAAAAGAUGAAAAGGAAUUUGAUGUACUUCUAGCAAUUGAAAAAGCUCAUCGAGAUGAAAGUGAAUCUGUUGAAGAAAGUUUUUCAGAUAGAGAUUACAGUGAAUUGGAAAGAAAGGAUGUGAAGUCUAGAAUUAAAAGCGAAAAUGAAAGAUCAAACAGUCCAUGGACAGAAGAAGAAGAUGCUUCAACUCUACGCACGAGGAGAAGAUUAUCAACCCCCGCUACCCCAAUUGACUCAGUUCCAAAUUCACCUGUCUCAAGUAUUUAUUACUAUGAUGACGAUCGUGAAUAUAGAAAUUGGAAGAAGUCUGUAAUGCUUGUAUAUAGUAGACUGGCAGCAAACAAAUACGCAUCACUCUUUUCAAAACCUAUCACAGAUGAUCAAGCUCCCGGUUACCAUGGUGUCGUCUUCAGACCCAUGGAUUUGUUAACAAUUCGAAAAAAUAUUGAAAAUGGAGUCAUUCGAACAACUCAAGAAUUUCAGCGAGAUGUACUCUUAAUGUUUAACAAUGCUAUUAUGUAUAACAAAACAAAUGACACUGUGUAUAAUAUGGCGAGACAAAUGCAGCAAGAAUCAGUACAACAAAUUCAGAUUCUUUUGCAAGCACAAUCACAAGCUGAUACACCUGUUAGGAGAGAAACUAGAACCAGUGAACCCGGUUUGAAAAGAAAGCGUGUUAAUGAGGAAAAUACUAGGAAUAAAAAACGUAAAGAAGAUUAGCAUUACGUUUUACGUUAUUCUGAUAAGUUAUUUGAUUUCAGCGAUUUUUUUUAGUUUUAAUAAAUCAUUUUUGUACUUUUGUCUCGCGGUGUAAAAAUCAGAACUUUUUAUGGUGUACAACGUGAAAUGAACUCUUGAAGUUAAUACAUUUUGUCACGAGUAUGUAUAUAAUAUAUAAUUUAUAUGCAGUUAUCAUCUGUACAUUAAGCUAGGAAUGAACUGUUUAUAUAAAUACUUACUUUUUAUAAUGAAUGAAAGUCUGUAUAUAAUAAAGCCAGAUAUUUAGAAUAAAUGUGGUGUAAAUAUUUAUAUGGUAAAUUUUUAUUGUACCUGAUAAUCUAAAAAGUUUUAAAUGUUUAGUCCGUACUUUUAGUUACUGAAAUAACGUAGCUAUGUAAACAAGUAGGUAUGCAAGUAUAUACUUUUAUGUAGAGCAAAAUAUUUUGUAAUAUAUGUAUGUUAGGAAAAUUAAAUAUGAUAGAUUGGA